AUGGCCGCUUUUGCCGAGCGCAUACGAAAGGCGGCGGAUUUUGUGAAUCGUGCCCGUGACGAAGAGACCCCGGACGGCAACCCUCUAGUGGCAGCACGCCACUAUAUCACCGCGAUGGAGAUCAUCGCCAGUGUUGGUGACGAGGUUCCCAUUAAGGACGCAAACAGCCGGCGUUUUUUCUUGUAUCAGCUCCGGCAGCGGAUGGAGAUGUAUUACGAGCGCGCCCAGUUGCUUCUUGGCGUGGCGGAAGAGGCCGGCACGCCCGAUAAACCAACGAAGGAGGGCGGCCUGCAAGCAGCUCUAAAGGGACUCAGUGGCAGCGGCGGUGGAAGCGAUGGUUGUGGUGCUGCUGCACAUACAACUAAUGCCCCGCCUCUCUUGUACGCUGGUAAUGAGGGUGGUGGUGGUGGUGGUGGUGAACAUCGCCUUACGUCUACGGCGGAUACGUCGGGGGGCACUGUGCUGGGUAUUCCACUUGGUCAGAGUAUUCAGCCUGCUGAUGAAACCCACGACCAGCCGCCUGUGGGGUUUUACUUCUCGCAGCCGCCGUCAGUGCCGGCGCCGCCUGACCACUCACUCGAUACGCUUCUAGACAGAUUGACUUUGGGUGACGAGAAGAAGUGA